AUGGCUCCAGUCGGUCUCGCAAUCCUCGGCGCAGCAUACAUCCCCGCACUAGCGUUGUAUGGACCCGACCAAUUUUCCCUCAAGGCUGUGUACUCUCGCUCUAAAUCUUCGUCUUCUUCCCUCUCAGAGAUAGUGAAAGAACGUAUAGGCACAUCGCCCGAGAUAUACUCCGAAGAUGGCGCGAGCCAAGGCGGUCUAGAUGCGUUACUUGCCCGACCCGACAUUGAUGCGGUGAUCGUCGUGCUGCCGUUGACUCAGCAGCCGGAAAUCGUUCUAAAGGCUUUGGCAGCAGGAAAGAACGUGCUGAGCGAGAAGCCAGUUGCCAAAGAUGUCAAGACUGGGCUCGAUUUGAUUGAAAAGUGGGAGAAAGAGUAUAAACCCAAGGGCUUGAUCUGGCGCGUCGCUGAGAACUUCGAGGUUGAACCUGGAGUAGUCGAGGCUGGUAAGAGAAUCCAGGCAGGGGCCGUCGGCAAAGUUCGAUUCUUCAAUUUCUCUUUCAUAUUUUCGGUCAAUAAGGAUAACAAGUAUUAUCAAACUUCGUGGAGGACAGUUCCCGAUUAUCAAGGAGGGUUCUUGCUCGAUGCCGGGGUACACACAAACGCUGCUCUCAGACGGGCUGUGCUCCAAGCAGCGCCGACAUCCGACGGACAUCCUCCCCAUGGUAUCAUGGAAAUGUCUUGCGCCGCUAGCCCGGGAUUCUCCCGCUAUGUCUUGACCGUUGCCGGAACUGAAGGAAACUUGACUCUCGAAAAGCCCUCGCAUUUCGCACUGGCAGACAAGAUUACCGGACCUGACGGGAGCAAGACUGAAGAAUUCGAUAAGAUUAGCUCAGGUGUCCACGAGGAGCUUGGUAGUUUCUUCCGUGCACUUUCAGGCCAGGAUGAUGGAAACGGUGAACCUCGGGGUGCACUGCUCGACGUUGCAUUGAUCCAGGCUUUCUUGACGAGCGAGGGUAACGCGAUAGAGCUCAAGAAGCUUUUGUCGACAGGCGACAUUGCUCGAAUCGAAGCGAAUGUGACUGGUACCUUGGGGAAACGUGGUACGAAACAAUUGAAAAAGCAAACCCAAACUUUGGGCGAUUUGGAUGCUGGUACUCCUGUCGAGGGUGUGGUAUACAAGGUUUCGGAUACGCGUAUUGUUAUAUCGGUUGAGGCCGAGUCACAAGAUAUAGAAUUGCCUGAGAGAUGUAGAGUGGUUAAACUAGCCAAUAGUAUAACUUUCGAUAGGAUGGAUCGCGCAAUUGACUCGCUAGAACGUCUUGCAACACAACAGGUCUCCGACGGCCCCACCUCGGCAACUCAAACCCUACCGCUUGCCCAGUCUCUACUCGCCAUGAAACCGUUGCAACCUUACAUACCAAUAUCGGAGGGCCUAGCCUUCAUGGAUGAUAAUCUAAAUGACAGCCAAAAGGAAGCAGUCAAGUUCGCGCUCGACUCUCCUGAAAUUGCAUUGAUACAUGGCCCACCUGGAACCGGGAAAACGCAAACAUUGGUGGAAAUUAUCCGACAAUUAGUUCAGCAAGGGAAGCGCGUACUUGUAUGCGGCGCUAGUAAUCUCGCAGUUGAUAAUCUGUUGGAGCGAUUAGUCCCUCACCGGAUACCACUAUCACGUAUCGGACAUCCUGCACGAGUGCUAGGCAAUUUACAUUCGGAGACGCUUGACGCACAGGCGGCACGAUCAGACCAGGCCGCUCUCGCCGCUGAUGCCAAGUCUGAACUCGAGAAUGCAAUGGCUUCAUUGGCUGGUAAGGGUAAAGCACGGCUUCGUGGUCUUGAACGGAAAAAGAUGUGGGAAGAGGUCAAAGAACUUAGGAAAGAAUAUCGAAAGCGGGAAAAGGUCAUUGUACAAAGUGUUUUAAGCGAAGCCAAGAUUAUUCUUGCGACCUGUCAUUCAUCUGGAGGCCGACAACUUGCAAAUAUGCGUUUUGACGUUGUUUGUAUUGAUGAGGCGUGCCAGGCAUUGGAGGCAGUCUGUUGGAUAUCAAUACUCAAAGGGUCGAAGCUUAUCCUGGCUGGUGAUCCACUUCAACUCCCACCUACAAUCAUUUCCCUGAAUAGCUCUUCGCUCAAAAGUUCCAGCACAAACCCAGCCAGCUCUACAACCAAAAACCUCAAGCUGGGAAAAUCGUCCAACAGCGCUGCCAAGUUGAAGGCCACGCCACCUAAUCCAACUAAAGAAGCUCAAUCUGUAGAGGAAGCAACUGGCGUGGACUCUCCGGCAAAUAGCGGCGAUGAAAAGGAUUCCGCUGUGAUCCCUCCAAUUCAUUCCGUCAAUUCGAGAAAGCCUCGGCUCGUUCCACCCAAAUCGCUUGAGGUCACACUAUUUCAACGUUUGGAGCAGAUGCACGGCUCUUCCAUCAAGAGAAUGCUAACCACCCAAUAUAGGAUGCACCAGAAGAUUGCCAGUUUCCCGUCCGAGACUUUGUAUGGCUCCGCUUUGAUGUCACACGAAUCAGUCGCGUCCCACUUACUACGCGAUUUGCCGGGAGUAUCUGCUGAUCAAGGAUUGGCAGAAGUAACCUCGGAACCGGUAGUCUUCUUCGAUACCGCGGGGUGCGAAUUCUACGAAAGGGUAGACGGUGAAGGGGAUAGAGACGAGGGAAGUAGAUCCAACGAGAACGAGGCGACCUUAGUGAAAAAUGGGUGGAAGAACUGGACUGCCCCCCGCACAGAUAGCGAUCAUUACGCCGCUCAAGUCACCCUUCUUGUAUCCAUGCUCCGCCCAACGUAUCUGGAGCUAGAGAUCGGUACUGUUGACGGAAUGCAAGGGCGAGAGAAGGAUGCGGUCAUCCUGAGCCUAGUUAGGAGCAAUGAUAAGCGUGAAGUCGGUUUCCUGAAGGAAAAGCGAAGACUGAAUGUCGCCAUGACACGUCCAAGAAGGCAUCUUUGCGUUGUUGGGGACUCUUCGACCGUAGAAAAGGGGGGUGCUUACUUGAAGAAGUGGAUGACCUGGCUUGAAAACAACGCUGAUUGUGUGUACGAUAUCGUCACCUCUGAUAUAAGAAAUGUUUUGGCCUUUGCAUGCGCCCAAGGGCAGCUGGCUUGGCCCGUUCAAUUAGAUUAUUCGCAUAAUUCCCUCGCGCCUACCAAGACUCGGUAUUUGCACGAGAAUGGACUGGGCCAAGGCACAACCGCCGCUUCUCAAGUUCUUGGCCUGGCUCACAAGCUCGCGGAGAAUGGCCUAAAAAGGCAUGUACGCGGCCCGGCGGUCCGAGAAGUCUCCGGUGGCAAGAUCUUCUAUGCUGGUUCGCUAGUCGCCGAAUUCCCUGUCAAUGUUUUGUGCCAGAAAUUCCCCAUUGCAAAGUUCCUGGGGACAGCCGUCGUAUUAUGGGGCAUCACUCUAGGUAAUUUGAGCUGGGUGACAGGCCACGAGACACCACUGACGUGCCUGGAUUUUAGCACUGACGGCGGUAUGCAAGUCCUUUGCGCUUUGAUGGUCGUGCGUUAUCUGUUGGGCACAUUCGAAGCGGCGGUCCAGCCAUCGUUCUUGCUCAUGACGUCGAUGUGGUAUCGUCGUGCUGAACAAGGAGAGUAUGUCUCGUACUGGUAUGCGAUGAACGGUCUACAGAUGGUUGGAGGAUUGAUGUCCUAUGGCGUUUCGCACAUCAAUAACCCGAAUAUCAAGUCCUGGCAAGUUUUAUUCAUGAUGCUGGGUAUUGUAACCGUCCUUUGGGGAAUCUUUAUUUGGCUCUAUCUUCCUGACUCACCCAUGAGAGCCAAGUGCUACAAUGACGAAGACAAGACAUUGAUGGUUGAGCGUGUUCGCGCGAAUCAAACCGGUCUUCAAAACAAGAUUUUCAAGAGGGAACAGGCCAUUGAGGCUUUCACUGACAUUCAAGUCUGGUUCUAUGUGCUCAUGCAGAUCCUUAACACUCUUCCCACAUCUGGAAUUGGUGCUUUCGGGAAUCUCAUUAUUAAGGACGGCUUUGGAUUCGAUGUGCUCCAGACUAGCUUGCUCUCUCUCGUUCAGGGCACAGUCCAUAUACUCAUCGUUACGUUUGUUGCCUAUAUUGCGCGCAGGACGCAGCAAACCCUCUAUAUCAUGAUGGCCAUCUGCGUUCCUAUGGUAGCUACUACCAGUGUGCUCAUGACCGUCCCGAACGGGCGAUCAACUCGCGUUGGUCUCUUGAUCGCUUUUUAUGGCACGUUUUGGUUCAACGGCGUCGCGGUUCUAUUAUUGUCCCUUAUCACCCGUAAUAUCGCUGGCCAGACCAAAAAAUCUAUCGUUCUCACCAUGUCCCUUAUUGCGUGGGCCGCCGGCAAUAUGAUCGGACCCCAGGUGUUCCAGACCAAGGAUGCUCCCCGGUACCGGGUUGGAUUUACCGUCCACUUGGCGUUCUACGUUGCACAGAUCGUUGUGUUUUUCGCUUUGCGCUUGAUCCUCGCAAGGCGCAACAAGUCCAAAAAUGAGGUUUCCAAGCAGAAGGGUCGCGCAGAGGGAGAGGUCAACUUGGAUAAUGCGUUUGAUGAUAUGACGGACAUGGAGAACCCCGAGUUCAGGCAAAUCCUGGGUGAGCCAAUCUCCUACAAGCUAUUAGGGUUUCUCGCAAUUUACAGAGACAAUCAACAGAUGGGAUGGUGGGGCGACUUCGCAGGCCCUAAGCAAAAGGGUGUGAUCUCAUACAGUAUUUCCCCUUACAAACAACGUGCAUUCGCCGGGGCUCUUCAUGGGUAUCUCUUCAAUGGUUACGCCCGACUCGCUGCACAAUUACCUUUCUUUGCCAUUCCUUUCGCUGGAGCGUAUGGCGUAUACGUUUGGGCCAACAAGAGAGAUGCGUUCUUGAACAGCAAAGCAGGUCACGGGCAUGGCGACCACUAG